CAGCACAGCGCCCGCAUGUACAACAUGAUGGAGACGGAGCUGAAGCCGCCCGGCCCGCAGCAAAGUUCGGGGGGCGGCGGCGGCGGCGGCGGCGGCAACUCCACGGCGGCGGCCGCGGGCGGCAACCAGAAGAACAGCCCGGACCGCGUCAAGCGGCCCAUGAACGCCUUCAUGGUGUGGUCCCGCGGGCAGCGGCGCAAGAUGGCCCAGGAGAACCCCAAGAUGCACAACUCGGAGAUCAGCAAGCGCCUGGGCGCCGAGUGGAAACUUUUGUCGGAGACCGAGAAGCGGCCGUUCAUCGACGAGGCCAAGCGGCUGCGAGCGCUGCACAUGAAGGAGCACCCGGAUUAUAAAUACCGGCCCCGGCGGAAAACCAAGACGCUCAUGAAGAAGGAUAAGUACACGCUGCCGGGCGGCCUGCUGGCCCCGGGGGGCAACAGCAUGGCCAGCGGGGUCGGGGUGGGCGCCGGCCUGGGCGCGGGCGUGAACCAGCGCAUGGACAGCUACGCGCACAUGAACGGCUGGAGCAACGGCAGCUACAGCAUGAUGCAGGAGCAGCUGGGCUACCCGCAGCACCCGGGCCUCAACGCGCACGGCGCGGCGCAGAUGCAGCCCAUGCACCGCUACGACGUGAGCGCCUUGCAGUACAACUCCAUGACCAGCUCGCAGACCUACAUGAACGGCUCGCCCACCUACAGCAUGUCCUACUCGCAGCAGGGCACCCCGGGCAUGGCGCUGGGCUCCAUGGGCUCCGUGGUCAAGUCCGAGGCCAGCUCCAGCCCCCCCGUGGUCACCUCUUCCUCCCACUCCAGGGCGCCCUGCCAGGCCGGGGACCUCCGGGACAUGAUCAGCAUGUACCUCCCCGGCGCCGAGGUGCCGGAACCCGCCGCCCCCAGCAGACUGCACAUGUCCCAGCACUACCAGAGCGGCCCGGUGCCCGGCACGGCCAUCAACGGCACACUGCCCCUCUCGCACAUGUGAGGGCCGGACGCUGGAC